AUGAAGUUAUCAUACGCAUUCCUUUGGUGCCUCCAGGCGUUGACUUUAACGUCUGCGGCUGCAAUAGAGAACAGGGACCUUGCAAGUACAAUUUUGGGAGAGAUCGAAUCCGCAGCAAGUUGUGCGGGAUGUGAUGCAGUGCUAGAUAUUCUCAAACUUCUUGCUGCGCUAGGCAACACAAUUUUUGUCAAAACGCUGACGGAAAUUUGUAUUCUGGCAAAGGCUGAUGACAAGGAUGUUUGCACGGGAGCCGUUGGGUUGGAGGGACCCAUCAUUGCACAAGAUUUGCGAGCGAUGUCGAUACCGUCUCAUACCUCCCAGUUAUUCUGCAUCACAUUCUUUGGUCUCUGUCCCUACCCGCCUGUUACUCCAUAUACCGUUCCAUUUCCCUCACCAAAGCCUCCAACCAGUAGGCCAGUCGUGAGCAGACAACUUCCAAUCCAAGUGGUGCAUUUCAGCGACAUUCACGUUGAUCCGUUCUAUGAGACUGGAGCCAGCUAUAACUGUACAAAACCAAUUUGCUGCAGACCAUACACUUCUGCUGAAGCGCCAGGUAACAACAAAUAUCCAGCUGGACCAUACGGCAACACGAAAUGCGAUGCUCCAGUCAGCCUGGAGGAUAGCAUGUAUGCCGCGAUAAAGCAAAUUGCUCCUAAUGCCGCGUUUACACUCUUCACUGGAGACAUUGUGGACCACGCGGUUUGGUUGACGAACCAAACUCAGAAUAUCAAGGACAUCAACGACGCCUAUACGAGAAUGUCCGGCCUUCCCCCAGUUUACGGCGUUGUGGGGAAUCAUGAAUCAUCACCUACUAAUGCGUUCCCUCCAACGGCCCUUAAAAACAAUGUUGAGCAAUGGGUUUAUGACACGCUGUCCGCUGACUGGAGUCAAUGGAUUGGUUCUACUUCUGCUUCAGCAGCGGAUAAAUUUGGUGCUUAUUCUGUGAUCAACGGAAAUCUGCGCGUGAUCUCAAUCAACACGAAUCUGUACUAUGGGGGAAAUUACUGGUUGUAUGAGAAAACCAUGGAGGCCGAUCCAAGUGGCCAAUUUGCCUGGCUCGUCAGCGAAUUGCAAGCGGCCGAGAAUUCUGGCCAACGAGCAUACAUUAUUGGACACAUGCCAAUGGGUAUGGGAGAUGCAUUUAGAGAUGCCUCGAAUUAUUACAGCCAGAUCGUGAAUCGCUAUUCAGCUACUAUCGCUGCUGAAUUUUGGGGACACACUCAUACAGAUCAAUUUCAGAUUGCUUACAGCAACUACACAGCACAGUCCUACUCAAAUGCUCUCGAGACCUCCUACAUCUGUCCGUCAAUGACGCCAACUUCCGGACAUCCAGCAUUCCGCGUCUACUCAAUUGAUCCCGUCACCUACGGUGUUCUCGACGUGACAACCUACAUCGCCAAUCUCUCUGACCCCAACUACCAAACCACAGGUCCAGUCUGGACAAAAUACUAUUCCGCAAAAGACGCGUACGGCCCCCUCGUCACACCACCUCUCACGGAUCCAGCUGCGGAGCUGACCCCAGCUUUCUGGCACAACCUCACCACCGUCUUCGAGACCAGCCCCACCGCAUUCCAAGACUAUAAAAACCGACAAACAAGGGGCUACUUCCCUACCACCUGCACAGGCACCUGCCAAACUCAAGAAAUCUGCGCGAUUCGAGCUGCGGAAUCACAAUACAAUUGUGCAACUAUCACGCCUGGAAUCAACUUCCGCAAACGAGACGAGGUUAUUGAAAGAUCUCAGGGCGUGAUUGAAGUGGGGGAAUGUGAAGGCUCCAUAUUGAGACCUAUUUUGGCGAAGCUGGCAGCAAAGGAUGGGUUAUUGGAAGAAGCGGUGCUCAAAGCGAGAGCCAUGUAUAGAAAGAAGUGA